AUGUGCUUUUUAUUCUCGACUCACGAACAAUCAGUGCACGCCGAGGACUCGAAGUUGGCGUAUUUCGUUGACGAAAAGCUCCAGGGACGGAUCUUGGCCCUCAAAUGCUUCUUUAUGACGAUGGCUUUGAUCGCCAUCACCUUAAUCCUCACGGGGCUGGGGAUCGUCGCCCAAGUACCUAUCCCUGAAGUAUUGGCCCUGCGCCAGUGGGGGUACGCCGAGGGCAUCCGCACUGCCGGCAGUUGCAUCUUCUUGUUCUUAACCAUUGUGGUGAUGCUGAUUACUAUCGCCCGUUUCAAUGCUUAUCGUGAUACCUACUUGGCCUUCUCGUUCUUGCUGACGGUGAUCUGUGGCUGUUUGGUGAUUAUCCUGUUAAUCCACCAGAUCUUGCAAAUCUGGGUGCCGAGAAUGAACCUCUACGCCGGCGUGGGCCUGUUUGUUCGCUACCAGUAUUGCAUGCUGGAGGCGAUGGAGUUUUUGUGCUCCAUCUUGGCGUCGUACAGUUACUGCUGUAUGGGCGGCGACGCCGAACCGGUGGCGAAAGUGGAGUACGACGAGGACUUUGACCUUGACCACUCCACCGUGUAA